AUGGUUGAAGAGGGAAUAGAUUCAAAAAAGUACGGGAAAGGGCUCACUCCAACAUCUGAUAUUGAAAGCUACAAUGUCACCCAGCAGCGUGUGACAGAGAGGGCUCUCAUUGAAUUACUUCUUCCUUGUAUAGAUCAAAGCUCCGAUGACUCACGCAAUACCUUUGCGAAUGAUUUGAUCAAGCAGUUGAAUAAUAUUGAGCAACAAAUUAGUGCAGUUACUCGUGGGACAAAUAAGCAAGCAGGGCCAGCUCCUUCUGGCGUUGAAGGUCCCACAAGCAAAGGAAAUAAUCGCAAAGGUAUAAGGGGUGGGAGUCCUGGUUCAGCUAGACGUGCAGCAGUAGCAGCAGAUUCUGCUCCACUAUUCCCUGCAGCUUUGCGAGCUUCUAUGUCGCUGCGAUUGCAGUUACUCUUAAGAUUGCUUCCUAUCAUUUGUGCAGACAGGGAGCCAUCUGGGCGAAACAUGAGGCAUGGGCUAGCCUCUGUCGUACUACGUCUUCUAGGAAACAGAGUUGUGAACGAGGAUGCGGAGCUAUGCGUCAAUCUCAUGCAGAGUUCUUUUUCCAAGAGGGAGGCAGAGUCUGCAACAGAGGCUGCCUCUGCUGCUUUUGCAGACUUGUCUAGUGAAAGUCUCUUUGAUCAGUUACUGUUGGUUCUGCAUGUGCUGUUAAGCAGUUGCCAGCCAAGUUGGUUGAGGCCUACUAAGUCAACAAAUGAGAGUGGAAAAGAUUUUGCUGCAUUUGAUCGCGAAUUGGCAGACUUACAGAAUGACUUGGAUCGCAUGCAACUGCCGGAAAGGAUUCGCUGGCGUAUUCAAACUGCAAUGCCUGUAGUUGUCCCCUCUAUUCGGUGCUUUGUCUCUUGCCAACCACCACCUGUUCCGAAUACUGCUUUGGCAGUUCUUCAAACCAGCAUAUCGACUCCUGGGUUUUAUUCUGGAAUCUCAAACCCACCUCAGAGAAAUCAGGUUCCUCUGGCACGAACUGUAGCUAACAUACCAGGGAAGUCUAAAUCAUUGCCGACACAGGAUUAUGAUAUGGAUAUUGAUCCAUGGACGCUGCUGGAAGAUGGUGCGGGAUCAGGCCCAUCUUCAAGUAACAGUGCUUUGAUAGGCAGUGCAGACCAUGGAAAUCUUCGAGCAUCUAGCUGGCUUAAAGGGGCUGUAAGGGUGAGACGAAAGGAUCUCACAUACAUUGGUGCUGUAGAUGAUGACAGCUGA